UCAGUAAAGCCGUGCAGGCUCUGACAAGUGAGCCCUCGUCAUUUAUUUUUUAUUUUUUAUUUUUUGCAGAGGCCAUCCUCUACCCGCUUAAUGCGAGCGGCUCAGUAUCCUCCAACUAUCCAUCCAGCCGGCCAUCCAACCAGCCCACAACCCGGAUCAUCCAGCAGCUCUUUUUGUUUGCUCACACACAGCUCUGCUUUAUAUCCGGCAUGUAACGGUUAUUUUACUAAUCGAUUGCUGUAAGACUUUCUCCCCGAUGGAUGACUAGUCCGAGCGGCCGGGGAUCCACCGCCCUGCAGGCUGCCGGGGAACACUGAGCACGCCGUCCGGGGUCAAAACGGUGGAAAUGGUCGGUGUUUCGGGCUCGGGAGGCUCCUUUGGCCGUGAUGCGAACGCGGACGAGGCGCGUCAACCUGUCGGGGAUGAUGGUAAAACCAUGGACCUGGACAGUGCUCCAUAACCUCGCUUGCCCCUCACCUCCCUCCUGAUCACCUUUUCUCCUCCUCCAUUUGUCCUCCUUCCCCUUCCUUUUCUGUACUACCUGUUCACGAUGACAACCACACUGGAGACGAUGCUGGCACAGCCUGACCUGGAGCUGGGCCCUGAUCGGAUGGACGGCUGCGAGGCCGCUCGUGGGCAUUACAAAGUGGUUCCCUCCGUUGUCUGCUCGAUGUGUUGUCUCUUUGGCAUCAUUUACUGUUUCUUUGGAUAUCGCUGCUUCAAGGCGGUUAUGUUCCUUACGGGCCUGAUGUUCGGCUCCGUCGUUAUCUUUAUGCUCUGCUACAAGGAGCGCGUGCUGGACACCCAGCUGAGCGUGGAGGCCUCAGUGGGCAUUGGCCUGGGCAUCGGGACGCUCUGCGGCCUGGUCACCAUGCUGGUUCGGAGCGUGGGCCUCUUCAUGGUGGGCCUGCUGCUUGGCCUGCUGGUGGCCGUGGCUACCCUGGUCGGCAUGGAGGAGCUUUCUGACAGCCCGCCGCGCUCUGUCUGGGUGCCCCUGGGCGUGCUGCUUGGCCUGGGCAUGCUGUUUGCUGUGCUCACCCUGCAGUGGCAGCGUCUGUUUACAACGCUGUCUACAGCGGUGUUCGGGGCAGCCGUCAUCACGGUGGCUUUGGACUACUUCGUGGAGCUCUUUGCCCUUGUGCUGUACAUGUAUGAACGGAUUAAAGCAGAGUCUGGAAAGCCUGUGUGCUGGAUGACAUGGGUGGUCCUCGGAGUGUGGCCUGCCCUCACCCUGCUGGGUGUCAUGGUCCAGUGGAAGGUGACCGCUGAAGGAUACUCCCAUACCAAGGUAAUCAUCAGCCGCCAACAGCGGAGGAUGCAGGUGAUGCGCAUUCGCCAGCGGGAUGACCGCUACCGCAACAAGAAGAAGAAGAAGCAGCAACAUGGCUCCUCUUCACACCAUCAACACCAAUCCAAACAACUGCACACGGAGCCCGCCUACCGCCGCAAACCCAACCCUAUCCGCCGCUACGAUACCGACGUCCUCUCUCCUAGCUACAUCCAGAGUUUUAGAGAUCGGCAGGUACAGGCACAGCCCUUUCCAGGCCGGCUAGUCGGGGGCUCCCAUGCCGUAGUGGAGAUGGGCUAUGACUGUGGAUCCACAACGCCACUCACUGGAGCAGCAGGACCUUCGCUACGGGUCUAACCACUCCAGAACCUCCCAGAUGCCUGAACAUACCACUUACCCAGAGAGAUGUACGUCUCUAUAAUCACACCUGUGCUAGAACAAACCAUUACACACCUAAGAGGAUGGAAAAAAUAUGUAGGGCUGGAUUUACCUGAAAUGCAAACACAUUUGACUGUUUCCCUAAAUAAAUUUUGGAUUAUAAACCUCUUGCUGGAGCCACCAGUGUGGUGCCGAGGUUAGCUGACCUCUUUUCAUCGUCCAAACGCACAAAUGCAUGCAUGUACUUAACAUCACAAAAACCGCAGCUACAAUUUUAAAGAUUGAUGUGGAAGCCCAAAACAACCUGCUGGACUCAUCCCCAACCUGUCUGCCACCAUCUCAACUCAAACCAGGGAUUGGAGCUUCAGUGCAAACCCUCCUCAGGUUCUAACAAAAAUAAUGAAGAUUUGUUGUUAAUAGUUUCUACCACUGAUGUUACAGAAGCAAGUGGAAGUCGAAUUAAAGGUCCAGUCAACAUUGUCUUUAAGGGGAGGUAAUGACCCUUCACAGCAAACUGAGAUACUCUAUUUGCUCUCUGUGCCAUCCGGACUACAUACAUCCUCUUUGAAAUGAGGAAAGAUUUCGUAAUUGUCACAUUUAAAGAGGGGAAAACCCUUUGCCACCCUUGGUGCUGGACGACACACUACUUCAAGCGGCCAACUGCUCUGAAGGCCAGGGAAUCUGUUUAAACGGGUGCCUUGCCCCUCCUUGGACUGUAAAGUUCAGCAUCAGGAGAGCGGUUACUGGCAGAUAUCCCACCAGUGGCUUCUUCUUGCAUUAAAAGUGGGAGAAAAAAAAUUCAGUGAGGGGUGGUAGCCAGGGAGCUACAAAAAGCAGGGUUAAAAGACUUUUUAGAGGUGAGCUUGUUGUUUUCACAGAUGUGUGGAUAAAUGUGGUUUUAUUUACACUGGCACCUCAGAAGAUCUGAUUUUGCGGAUUCUCAGUGCUGGAAAAUAUAAAUCUUGCUCAUUUUGUGUCCUGAACUUAUUCUCUAAGAGAUCAGUUUCACGUGUAAAACAGAUUUCUUUUUCACUCUACCAUUUACCUUUGUGUAGAACUUGGCAGAGGAUGGUCAAUGACAGAAUAGCUGAAUUUUUUUGUUUGUUAUGCCAUAAAAGUGAAGAUAAAUUUAAUUUCAUUUGUUAGACAACUCAUUUACCAUAAUUGAAACAGGAUCAAGAAAACUAAUGUUAUCAGAUAAAAUAAUCAUUUAUUUUCAUUUAAUAGCUGUAUGAUAAUGGAGGUAACAUAACUGAAGAGUGGCAGAAAUUAAUGCCAAUGUUACAUUUUUAGUUUCUUAAAUAUGAAUAAUUUAAAAAGAAUUUGUUUAUUCCAGUUCUCACAUAGCUGUAGUCAUUAUUUACUGAUACAAUAGUGUUAAGAAAGUAAAAGCUUGAUUACAAAUAACGACACUAAUAAAAACAUGGCGGGAAUUAUCAUUGAUGUUAGCAUGAUAGGCUAACUAAUGUCAACUUUUUAAGUAAAAACUAGUUAGCGUGCUUUACUAUGGAAGGAAAUUAGCCUAGCUUGCUAGCAUUGACUUUUUGAUUCAAAUAACAGUUUAUCUGCCCUGUAACCAACUUUUGAAAAGAGAACAGAUAAAGAUUUAAUAAGUAAAUUUGAGGGUUUUUUGUUUUCUAAUGUUCCUUUAACAUUUACAUAAUAUUUCAGGGUUAUUAUAGCUGUUUGUUUGUUCUUUUUAUUUAACCUAAUUUAACCUGAGCUGAUUGAGAGAUUGUGUUUCAGGUAUUGGUUAUUUUCCAGUAUAAUAAAUUAAAAGGUUUUCUCAGUGAUGGUUUAGGUAUCUGUCAAACGAAAUCUCAGAAAUGUGCCUGUUUGCACCUUAGACAGACCCAGCUGAGGUGCUAGUGUAAACAAAGCUCACAGGUCUGAGUGACAAAAUGGACUAAUGGCCAUAGAAACUUGUAUUUAGAGCAACUCUUUCCAUCAUGUGCAUUGACCUUCUUUAUUUGGGAAAACAUAACAUUUUUGUCACCAGUGAAAAUGUGAAUACUUUGUUAUUGUUGCCGCCUUUUUAAAGGAAAAGCAGACACGUGAGUGCGGAGGGGGGGUGUUUCUAUUUCUCACCUGACAUGCAUGAUCUCACCCCUCCGUCCACCCAAUCCUGUGUGGCACUGAACACCCUGCACCCUUUCAUGUACAUCGAUGUGAAAUUUGUACAUAAAAAAAACACAACACUUACUACCUUUUUUGGGUGGAAGUGGGAUUUUUUUCCCCUUUUUUUUUUACCAUUUGAUUGUUAUAUUUAAACACUUUCUUUUCUUAAAAGUCACAUUUAGUGGUUUCUUUCGAGUGGGAUGUAUUUAUUUGUUUUAUUUAAUUAUUUUCUGUAAGGAGAGUGCAAUCAUCACUGUAGGCCAGUAACUCCAUGCUUUUAUUAAACUGAAUUAUGACUAUGAUCAUUAAAGCAUGUGUUCCAAUGGGCCUGUGUACAAUAAAAUGUAAAAUGAUUGGUCUUUUAAAGCAAUGCCAUGUAGGCAUGA